AUGAAAUUACGAAGACAGAAUCUGAAAGACUCGGAAAAGCUGCAAUGUGUUUUCAAAACUAAAGGUCAUGAAAAGGAAACGUGUGAAUUGAAAUGCAAACCUGCCUUCAAAUAUAAAGACUUCAGGAAAUUCCUUCAUUGCUGUACGCUUCCCUGAGGAGCAGAAAGGAAGCACGGAGGAAUUGCUCUAUGUGUACUGCCAGAAGACAACUGAGCAAGGGAAAGGGAUGUCUGUGUACAUUUGUUAAUGGAUGUCCACCUUAUGUGUGGAGCUGUUUUCAGAUCCUUGUCAGUGAAAAGCACCAUGCUGGAUUCUGUGAGCCCUUUAACAUCAGAAGGAGCUGAAAACACUGGGAUCAAUUCAAGCAGUCAUCAACCUUUCCAUUCCAAUUUCUCUAGGAAGACUUUUGACAUGGUUGCUCUGAGAAGGACCAGAGUGGUCAAGCUUUACAAAUUUGUCAAAGAAAAUGGUGAAAUAUGUUAUCCAAAUCCACCAAAGGUAGUGGCCCCUAACCCCAUUUUAAGACUCAAAUAUAACUUUUCUCCAAGAAUAACCAAUAUGCUACAAAACAUUGAAAGAGCACUGGAGAUCACAACAUACAGUCAGGUCUUCACAGGGAAAGUUCCAAUACACCACCUUAUCCUGGGUAAUUACAUAAAAGCAGUGUGCAGAUUGACUGAAGAACUAGGUGGAGACACAAAACUAAUCAAUACUGCAUUUACUAAGAAUCUCAUGCUUCCACCACAAAGAAACAUUUCUGCUGGUCUGUCACAAGUGAGACCUCCUGAAGGGUGCACUGCAUGCUUACUUCAAGGUGAACACCCCCAUGAAUCAGUUCUGCAAGAACAGUACUCCUUCAGGUGCCUUCACCUGUACUCAGCAUUGCCACAGUUGUCACCAGCUACUAGGAGGCAGCAGCUUUCAGGAAGGCCCAAAUUUGAAUCCCUUCCAAAAUCUGCAUGUUCACUUUCCUAUGAAGACUUCAAGCCCAGAUAUUUGGAUCAACAUACAAUAAGGGAAAACCCACUUAGCCUAAGUAAGCCAAGAUCACCACUGGAUGUAAAGCAUGAGGAAAGUGGAAUUUUGUUGCACAGACUUUGGCAUCCAGAAAUAUGUCUGACUGCAUGGAAACCAGAGGAUGGGCCAAGGGAGACAACACUGCAAGAAUGGAUCCCUAGCUGUGAAGCUCCUCAGCACCAGACAGCACUGAUGGAGCUGCAACAUUCCUUCUCCAAGGCAGCAGCACAAAAACAUUUACAUGAUUCUGUAAAAGGAGAGAGAAAAAAUCUUACAGAUACCACUACUGAGAGAAAGAGACACAAGAACUAUGGUUUCAAUGCUUUUUAA